UUUACCGUGUAACAAAAUAUGAGAAGGCGGGAAGAUGUGAGGAAACUCGUACUGUUUUUUGUGUCGGUGGGGGUAGGGGUGGGGGUAGGGGGUGUUAGUUUUACAUACGAUAGGGUGACGUCGCAGUACUUAUGUGCGUCACAAUGUAUGACUUUCUCCUCCGACAGCCCGAGCAUUUAUUCUCGGUACUCAUCAUCCUGCGCACAACCAAACCCCAUGUUUUCCUAUGGCUGUCAGAGAGAUGGGUGCGCCGGAUCCUGCGACUCUUUGAUUCUUAUAACUCACAAUGUUAACCGGUCUGCCAACAUCCCACGCCUGAGCGCCCGUUACGUCACCGGAACUGAAAUACUGCUCACGUGGUCAUCCCCUCCCACUCCCUACUAUACCCGGUACCUGCUACAGAUCAGAACCUACCAAACAUGGACAACCAUCACUGAGGUACCUACCACGAGCUACCUUUACCACAAUCCUAACCCUUGCAAUACGGUGUUCUUCCGGAUCACGGCGGUCAACCAGUACGGAAUGAAGGGCUUCUCCGCUCCUUACUCGGUCUACGCUCCAUCGCCCCCCUCUGCUCCUCUAAACGGUCAUUUGAUGAAGGGCGCCAUGUUCUAUAGCCCCGUGUCGAAAGAGUUCGCCGGCAUUCUGGAAGUGGAGGGUAUCCAAGCUUGGAGACCGGAGGACAUCGAGUUUUACCAAUGGAGCACCCUCCCCACAGUCUUCUGUCGGAAUAUCAACAGUCUGAUCAUUCCUAUAUUUGACCCUCUCUCCUCUACCGACGCCGUUUCAGGCAUACACUACAGAAAUGGACUUCGUAUAAGUGCAGAGAGUUACGGGUGUAUCUAUACCUUACAGGUUCGCGCCGUGUCGAAAUGUGGGAAACCUGGACCAUACAGCAACAUCACCAUCGAUUUAUCCGAUUGUUCGAAAAUUCGGAACUUCAACUGUCGACCUAUGAGAGGCAUUCCCUUCGAUCCACCGGAUGUUGUAGAAAACGUCACACUGCGCAUGGAUCUGAACCACCCUCAAAUCUGGCUGAAGAUCGCAUGGAACAAACCCUCGGACCUGGGCUCCAUGAAAGCGAUAUCUCACUAUGUGAUGAGAUGGGGGAAGGUCUCCUUCCCCUCGAAUUUUAUUCUAGCCCAGGCUGAAUACACACACGAACCACUCAACACGACUCUAGCAAAUAACAUCGUUGAAUUUGGAAUUCAAGUUCAAGAAGAACCAAAUGCAAUAUAUGGUUUUCAAAUUAUGCCAGUUGCCCCAACGCAAGUCAUAGAACCAAUUGAAUAUGAUAAGUUCCAAGUUUAUACGAUUGAACUAAAGAAUCGCACGUCCUGCCAAAACAAUAACUUAGCAGCCUCUCGGAUUUCCUGUGACGAGGACGGCGUGUCAGUGAUACAGGUUAGCAACACUCUGGAUAUUACCGUCAUUUGGCGCAGGCCCAGUCGCUCCAGAAGAACAUCCGCCGACAAAAACGACACAAACGAAGAGAAAUUCUAUGAAAAGUACGCGGUACAACUUGGGGAAGUGGAAUCUUUACCGCCACCUGCCGGACAACGACUCGUCAACACAAACGUCACAGUUGUGGAAUCUAUAUGCGAGGAAACAUUCCUACCGAGUGGAAAAAUAUAUACCCUCUGUUCUCCAGACCGGGACCAUGUAGUGUUUCGGGGUCUACAGUCGGAUCUGUUGUAUGGAGUGCGGGUCAUCGGACUCAAUAAAUCUGAGAAAUUACCAUCAGAAAGAAGUUGGCAAUUGGUUGACUUCCAAAUGUUCACCUUAGAGGAACCAACAGAAAUUGAUAACUCAACAUCGUCAACCAAAAAACCAAAUGAAAACAGAAACGAGAUUCUAGCCAUUGUGGCUGGCGUUUUUUCCAUAGUCUUGCUUGUUGUUCUCCUCCUAUUGGGUGGGUCAGUGAGGAGACAACACAAGAGAAAGUUGUCAUCUCUCGACAACCGACUGUUGUUUGGCGAAGCAAACCCAGAUAAUCCGUACAACCAAAUAGAGAGGGCGAUGCUCACUGCUACUACCCUAACAGUUGUUGCAGACAAGUGGGAAAUUCCCCAUAGCUGUGUGCGGAUUGGACGAGUUUUGGGUAGUGGAGCCUUUGGGUAUGUUGUAAAAGGCCGUAUCAACAGAAGCAUACUGAAGCAUCGAGGUAUCAAGGAGCCUGUCGAUGCAGAUCAAAAGAACAUCUACGUCUCUGUGGCGGUCAAACUGAUACAAGAGGAUGCCUCAGAAACCAAUAAGGAGGAUUUCUUGCGAGAAAUCCGGUUAAUGAAGGGGAUCGGAUACCACAGGAACGUUAUAAGUAUGCUUGGCUGUUGUACGCUUCGCGACCCGAUCUGUCUGAUAGUGGAGCAUGCUUCGAGAGGGGAUCUCUUGUCCUAUCUCAGAAACAUCCGAAAAAAUCUGCAACAGCACAUCAACGCAGAAUAUGUUAAUCAAGACAGUGAAACGGUGGGUCCGCAGGAAUUGUUGUCGUUUUCUCGACAGAUUUCUACCGGAAUGGAAUUCCUAUCUCAAAAGGGAUUCAUCCAUCGAGACUUGGCUGCGAGAAACAUUCUGGUGGACAAGAAAAACGUUGUGAAAAUCGGUGAUUUUGGUCUCACGCGCUACACAUACGAUAACAAGGUGUAUGUCAACCGGAAGGGUGGUCGUCUGCCCCUCAAGUGGAUGUCGGUCGAAGCCAUCAAAGAGCUGACGUUCUCUACCGCCAGUGAUGUGUGGUCUUUUGGUGUCCUUCUUUUCGAAAUUGUCACUCUUGGAGGAACGCCAUACCCAACUAUCGACACACGAGAUUUGCUGCGAGAACUUGAAAAUGGAUACCGAAUGGAAAAACCAGAAAACUGUUCGGAAGAAAUGUAUCAAGUCAUGCAUUCAUGUUGGCGGGAAGAUCCAAACAGACGACCAAGUUUCAGCAAUUUACGACAAACUUUUGAUACGAUGUUGGAAAAAAGUUGCAGUGAACAUUACUUGGAUUUUGAACUUGACGAUAGCAAAAUUUACUAUCAUGUUCACGAAGAAUUUGAUAACAAUACAGGAACGGGCAAGAUUUCCUCUUCCGGUAUACAACUCCAACUUUCAGGUCUUUUUGCAAAAACAAAUCAACACGAAAUAUCAGAAGACAAUAAAGUUUAUGACGUCAUAGAACACGUGGACGACGUCACUUGUCCAGACGCAGGAGAGGAAAUGCUGGGAAACGACUGUUCUUGUUCCGAACCCUCGGGGGACAAGGAUGAGGAACUUUCAUCCAGGACAACUAGUGACACAGUUUCGCUUCCAAAUAACAGAAUGGUGACGUUUAGUAGGGAUUCCUUGAAGACGUCUCCAGUUCGGAAAAGAAUUCGUCAAGGAUCACCCCACGUGAAUAAAAAGAAUUCCAUUUUAUCUUUUCAAACUACAGAUGCAAUGACAGACAAGUACGGAUACGCUCCUCGCUUAUGUAGACAUAAACCUCUUACUUCAAAUUCAUCAAAAUCCAGCAGUAAUUCUAGCAGUCCCGAGCUCGAGCGAGUCCCAAGGAAUAGCAUACUAGACUGCGAUGCUGACGAAAGUAGCAUUGGAAGUUCUUGCUCGAAAUGUUCCAUGUCCUCAAAUGGCGACGACGACGUAUUCUACCCAAACAGUUACGGCGAUCUUCACAGAGGACUACCCACUCCUUAUAAACUCGUUCAUAGGCCAAACCGGUACGGUCAUAAUGCCCGAAAAGGAAUCACAGCUACCCCAAAUCCGAUUUUACCUGCAAAUGAGGAUAUGCAAAAUGAUUCCGGUGUGUCCACAUCCAGUGCUAGUGAACUGCGUUCCAUAAAUAACAGAAUUUUCGUUUUUCCUCCGGACAGCAAUCGCCUACGAUGGACUAAUGAAGGGCAAAGUAUAACGGACAAUUCCUCCUCGGUUUCGGACAGUGAUACCAAAACCAUUUCCCAGGACAAUGGAAUGUCGACGGACACCUGUGUCUGGGACAGCGAUGAACAGACGCUCGAUACAUAUGUCUAGACUCAUUGGUGUCCAAAAUGAAUAAAUGGCAUUUUUCAAUAAAUCAUAAAUAUGUUUUCAAACCCAAAAUUUUAUAUUUUAAAUUUUGUAAAUUAUUAUUUACGUGGAUUAAACGUUUGGCUAUUUAAGCCAAGAUCAGUCACA